AUGGCGGAUGGAUCCUGUGACAGCAGUGGAGUCUGUCUGGCUCCUGGAAGCCAAGGCCAGAGGCUGAGGGAGGUGGAGGGGGAGCAGCCAGGAGGCAAGGCUCAGCUGGCGGAGAGAGACGCGCUCUGCCACCAGGAGGGAUGCUACGCUGUCUUCCUCCAGAAGAGAACCUUCAGGGAGGCUGGGCGGAGCUGCCGGGAGCGAGGUGGGACCCUGGCAACAAUGCACACUCGCAAGGCAGCGGGUGUGGUCCACGAGCUGCUGUCGGCCAUCGAGACGCAGGGGUCCAGGCCGAGGCUUCGGCUCUGGAUCGGGCUGCACAGACCUCCACGCCAGUGCUCAACCACCCGGCCACUCAGGGGAUUCGUCUGGGUCACAGGAGACCAGGACGGUCAGUUCACUAACUGGCUCCGUGAGGACACCCCUGGGACCUGUGCAGCUCCUCGCUGUGUGGCCAUGACAGUCCACACUUCUGAGAACGGACGCGAGAGUAAAGACAACUUCCGGUGGGUUGACGGCUCCUGUGCACUGCCUUUGGAUGGUUAUGUUUGUCAGUACAACUACAAGGGAAUGUGUCCACCACUGGAGGACGAGGGCAGAGGUCCGGCUCUGUACACCACCCCAUUUCACCUUGUCAGCUCCCUGCUGACUCAUGUGCCCUACGGCUCUGUGGCAGCUCUGCCGUGCCCUGCAGAUAGCACAGACCCUGAUGCUGCUGCUGAGCAAUCAGUGUUGUGCAUGGAGAGAGAUGACGAGACGGUGGGCUGGUCCAGGGACACCCCGCUCUGUUCAUCCAGUACAACACCACAGAACCAGGAUUGGUGCAGCGGGGACCAUAAAUGCGAGCACUUCUGCCAGAACACAGACACAGAUUACUACUGUUACUGCUCUGAGGGCUUCACAAUAGAUGAGGACGGCUACAGCUGCAGGCCCGACCCCCUGAGCCCAACCGACCCUCCUGAGCUGUCCUCCGACUCUGCUGGUUCCACCGACCAGCCCCACAUGAAAGAGGUCUGUGUGGAGGCAGGGUGUGAGUAUGACUGCAUGGAGACGCCUCGGGGCGUUCGCUGUAUCUGCCCACCCGGCUACCAAAUGGGUCCAGAUGGCCGCAGAUGUUCUGACGUGGACGAAUGUCAACAGCAGCCAUGUCCACAGCUCUGUGUCAACAUCCCUGGCACCUUCCACUGCACCUGCAACCAGGGCUAUCAGCCAGACGAUGAGGGCGAGUGUGUGGACAUUGACGAGUGCCUUGAUGAGGCCAGUUGUGAGGGCUUUUGUGAGAACACAGUGGGGUCCUUCACAUGCCUGUGUAACCCUGGCUAUGAGAUUGGCAUCGACGGAGAGUGUGUGGAUGUAGAUGAGUGUGUUGGGGAGUCACCCUGCCAGCAACAGUGUCUCAACUAUGUGGGAGGCUACCAGUGUUUCUGUGACAAUGGCUAUGACCUACAGUCGGAUGGACUCACCUGCCAGCCUUCGCCUGAUGAUGAAGAAUACUCCACCCUGACCCCUGACCCCAGUGACUCUGCUCACUCACCUGACUUGUACCCUAACCACGACGUUCCCUGGUCCACCUCAUUCACCCCUGACCCAAACUUCGAAGCUGACACAAACUUCGACGUCGACUGGCUGACUGAAGCCCCCGAAGCUCUUUCCCCCGACAUGGCUCAUGGGUCAGAUAACCACCUAAACCCUUGGGAUGCCCUGUCACCCAGGCGAUAUCAGACAGCCCCACCGCCAACGCAAAAAGACAGCACAGGCAAUGAAAUUGAUAAUGAAGCUGAAGCUAAAUCGGGAAACAGAGGAGCUAGUGGUGCGGCGGGAGCUGAGACUUCAAAUGGGUCGGCAGUUGAGACUGGAGAGGCAGAGGAACCAAAGAUUGAUAGUACAGAGGACGCCAGCAGCACUGAAGAGGUCGGGGAUGGAUCUGCUGCAGGUAAACGGAAGCACGACAAGAGUUGGCUGCUUGUGGCCCUGCUGGUGCCUCUUUGUGUGUUCCUUGUGGUCAUGCUGGCUUUGGGGAUCGUCUACUGCACUAGCUGUGCAGUGGACAAGAGCUUCAGCUUCUCGGACUGCUAUCGCUGGAUACUCCCUACGACACCUCCUGAUAGAAGGGAUGGCAAAACCCAAGCAUGAACCCUAAGAUAAACACACAGAUGUGUUAAAGGUGAUUAUGUCUGUUAACACUUCUCUUGUGGCGCAGGACUGGUAACUAAAACUACAAUUUGGAUAUAGUCCAGCUGACCGGCUCUCCCACUCAUCAAGGAAAACUUAAAGUCCCUCUCCGGGUAUUGUUUUAACUCUUAAAAACUCAUCUGUGUAUCAAUGUUACUUAUGUAGAAGUUUUUUGUUUCGUUUUUCCAUGAAAGUCAUCCUUCCUGCCUUAAAACUGUUGCGUCCUCUGGUGUGCAGAUCUUUGAAUUCGCUGCCUCUUCACCUGUCCACUCCCUGCAUCUCGAGCACACUAGCUCAUCUACGACUGCUCAAAACACUGUAAAACUGCUUUGCGCUACGGAAUGGCAAGUUGAAAUAUUGGAGUAAUACAUGUUGGAACUGGAAAUCAACUCGGAAGAAGAAAAAUGUACAGAAAGAACUCUGCAAGUUGACAUGAUUUGGGUUUGUUACAUAUGAAGGCUGAAUCUGUGUUGUUGAGACUGUCAUUUGUAGGUCCAAGGUGGAAUCACUUAUCCAUGGUGCUGACUGCUUAUCUUGCUCAUGAUGUGUCUUUUUGCAUAUGAAAAACACCAUAUGGACUUGUUAACAAGGUUUAAAAAAAAAACAAAAAAAAACUUGAUUUUCACUGGAGGGGGCCUUUAAGCCUUUCUGUUGCACAGCCUUUGUAAAUAAUUCACUCUCUCAUGUUCUUAAAAAUUCAAUAAAAC